UAAAAGGAUCGACUUAAUGCCCCGAAGAUCAAAGGCAAGUCAUUUGUCUUGCAGGCAUCAUGCAUGCUCUGCACAAACUCCUGCUUUUUCAGGUCCUGACAUCUCUCGGACAAAAUGCAGAUGGGAGUAAAAUCAUAAAAGGAACAAUAGCCCCAGAUGAUAAGUACGAGUUUUUGGUCUCCCUGCAAAAAAACGAGAAACAUCUGUGCGGAGGAUUCCUGAUCAGCGAAGACUUUGUGGUCACUGCUGCGCACUGUAGCCCCGAAUUUAGCGAACCGGACAGGGUCGUUGUUGGCACUCACAAUCUCCUCAAAGUUGGUGAUGAAAAUGUAAGAUACAUUGAAAAGAGAUACAAACACGAAUCCUAUAACCAAGUAAGCGGAGGUAAUGACAUCAUGCUCCUCAAACUGAAGAAGAAAGUUGCCGGGAACAAAAAACAAAUCAUUGCCAUUCCUUCUUCUAAUAUGCACAUUCAAGAAAACAAAAUCUGCCAUGUUGCUGGAUGGGGUGAAACAGAGACUGGUGGUGGAGUUGUUGAUAGGCUGAUGGAGGUGGAUGUGUCUGUCAUAAACCUGAACACAUGCUCUAAGUCAUGGGGUGGUAUUCCUCCUGAUGUUAUCUGUGCCGGUGGUUAUGGCAGUGACAAAGGCUUCUGUCAGGGGGAUUCUGGUGGUCCUCUGGUGUGCGACGGGAUAGCUGUUGGUGUUGUGUCUUACAACUACAACAGAAUCUGUGACUACCCAGAUAAACCCAACGUCUACACAGAGAUCUCCAAAUACCUUGUCUGGAUCAAGAGUAUCAUCAAUGAAAAAGCUUAAUAUGCAAUUUCAUAAAGCUUUGCUUCAGCACACUUUGAAUGUAUUUAGGAGGGGAGGCUGUGUCUCAGCUGCUCUGUCAGUAUUCACUCUUUAAUGGAAAAGCUAAAUAAAGCAAAUGUCUCAAA